AUUUGAAGAACAGAAGCAUGCUUUCUACUGAGACUUGCACUACCAUUUGUGAUACAGAAUGUCUCUAAGUGAGAAGAAUAGUGUGGUUUUUGCAUAUGAAUCUUCAGUGCACAGCACCAAUGUACUUCUCAGUCUUGAUGAUCAGAGGAAGCAAGAUGUUCUUUGUGACGUUACUAUUUUAGUGGAAGAUCAGCGAUUUCGGGCGCACAAAGCUGUGCUUGCAGCUUGCAGCAGUUACUUCCUUUCAAGAAUUGUGGGCCAGGUGGAUGCUGAUCUUAUCAUCACUUUACCGGAAGAGGUAACACUUAAAGGAUUUAGUCCUUUGCUUCAGUUUGCAUACACAGCUAAACUUAUUUUAAAUAAAGACAAUGUGUCUGAAGUUUGCAAAUGUGCUGAAUUUUUGGGUGUACGCAACAUUGAAGAGUCUUGCUUUCAGUUUCUCAAAUUCAAAUUUUUGGACUUCAAAUUGGAUCAACAGGAAUGUCCUCGGAAGAAGUGUUGUACAAAGCGUUGUCAGAAAACAAACCCUGAAGUUGGCAAUGUGGAUGAUGGAGACCUAGAAAUAGAUGAUGAAGCAGAAGAACUUUUAGAAAAGGAGUAUAUUCAAACUCCUGACACAAAGCUCUGUAAAGAUGAAGAAAAUGCUAGAUCAUUGCCUGCCCACCAAGAUAAUGCUAAUCAAACAUGGGAUCCUGUACAUUUAGAAAGGAUGUCUUCACAAUGCCCAAAGUAUAGGAAAUUCCAGAAAGCUUUUGGAAAUGACAGAGUUCAUACUUCAGAAUCAAAUUCCAGUGCUAAAGACAUUCAGGUGCCACCAAUUGCAGCUUUUCUUGAGAAGGAAAUACCUGAUAAUGAGGGCAUACAAAAAGCUCAGGAGUGUGUACAUACGCAGCUGGUCUCAAAAUGUGAAGAGACUCAGGUAAAAAUGGAAGAAGGGGAGGAAGUCAUGGAGAAAAAGCAAGAGUCAAAGAGAGAUUCUGUGACUCAGGCUGUGUCGUGUCCAGUGGAGAAAACGGAUCUUGCUGCUUUCCCCCAAAACUCUGCUGCACCUCAUGGACUCAAUACUGUGUCUUUUUUACAUACUUGUGAGCAAUAUGGUAACUUGAAUUUCAGUAGUAUGCAAAACACCACAGUCUUAGCCGAAAAAACUGCAUCAGGUACUGGGGUUGGGAAUGUCAAAAUUGAAAGUCAAGGUGACACACCCUCAAAGGUCGAUUUGUGCACGGGGGAAGCCACUAACAUUACAUCAGCUGGUGACCGAAGCAGUGUGGAGAGAGAGGUAGCAGAACAUCUAGCAAAAGGGUUCUGGAGUGACAUUUACAGCACAGAAGCUUGUCAAAUCCAUAUACCACCUGCAGUUUCAAAAGAGUGCUUGGAGCCAGUGUAUCCAGGGAAAAAAACAGAGUGCCCGUGGCUGGGUAUCAGGAUCAGUGAAAGCCCUGAACCUUGCUCUCAACGAACUUUUACCACAUUGAAUUCUGUCAACUGCCCCUUUAUAAGCAACCUGAGUACUGAGGGAUGCUCCAACAGCUCUGAAACAAGCGGUGGAGAUUACAUUCAGGGACAGCAACAGGAACAGUGUCCCUAUAAUUAUGUGAUAAGUCUGGGAGAGGAUUCGGAAACUGACACUGAAGGAGACAGUGAAUCCUGUUCAGCAAGAGAACAAGAAUGUGAG